AUGGAAUGUCUAAAGAAAAUGAUAUCAUAAAGACUUAAACCCCUUUCACCUUUUUAACCUUUCAUUUUCACCCAAUCAUGAAGGCAUUUUUGAACAAUUUUCAGUUUCAGAGUUUCGUGUCUGAAAUUUUCCUUUUAUCCAUCGAAAUUCUUUAGGACUAAACUUCAUGCACCUUUACGGUACACAAAAGCUGCACUAAACGACAACCAUUUUCUGCAACAAAACGUUACCUAGUCGUAGUAUUUAUUCUCUUUUGUUUCAUCAUAACACCACAAUUUCACCAUUCUUUCCAUUCCCUUUUCAAUAAAAAGAGAGAAAAAAAAAACUCAAUGAAAGGUAGUGAAACUCAAAUCUCUCUCAAACAACCUUCAUCCCAAACCAUGUCUUCAUCUUCAUCCUCUCUUAUCAGCGGUGUUGUUGAUAAUAAUAACUCUUCAAACCCGUCUGAGAUGAGUAUAAAAGCACCUAUGGUAAGACCUUAUAGUCGAUCGAAAAUGCCUCGACUUCGUUGGACACGAUGUCUUCACCGUUGCUUUCUGCAUGCAGUUCAAAAGCUUGAAAGAGAAGAAAGAGGGACUACACCAAAGUUAAUUUUACAACUAAUGAAUGUUAAGGGACUUACUAUAUCUCAUGUGAAAAGCCACCUUCAGAUGUACAGGAGCAUGAAACAUGAGGCAAUGAGUCAAGAAGCAAAGAAGAAUAUUAUGGCAGCAAAUUUAUUAGCUUCCAGAAUGAUCUCAUCCUCUGCUGUUGUUCCAAGAUUCCUCCAAACUCCUGAGAAUGGUUAUGAGCCAGAGUCUUCAAAUGGAAAUCAAGGUAAUAAAUCGGUUGUAAUUUGUAACAGCGAUGAACGGAAGAAGCACACUUACAUCAUCUUCGACGGAGUUUUCAGCACUGUCCAUGCAAAUAAAAGGGACCAACAAGGAUUCAAAGAAAUAACCGCUAGAGGAAAGGAAAUGAAGGAAAAAGAGACAGAUGAUUUGUCUCUUGAGCUCACUCUCACUUAAAAUCAAGCUUCGUGCAUCUUUUUCUGAUGUUUAUAUAUUGAUCAUAGAAAUUUAAUGCAAAAGGUGCAUAAUUUGGGAAGAAUUUGUAACACCAAAGUUGGGAUUAUAUAUGGUAUGGUAUAUAAUAAGUUAUAGAGAUAUUGUAGUUCUUGGUAACUUGAUUAGAUUCAACUUAGAAACAUGAGCAUAUAUGUACUAUUUUGCUUGCAAUUUGGGAUUUUGUUUAUCAAACUGUUCUGGUAUCUUUGCUGGUUUAGGUAGGAUUCGCUUGUUUUUAAAUUUAUUUGGUUUUAUUUUAAGUAUGUGAUUCUUUUUA